AUGAUUGGAAUAUCUAGGAACGUAUCGUUGACAAUGUCGCGGAUUCCGUGGCCACAGGUUCCACAACGUGUGUCAGGUCCUUAUUUGAAAAAUAAGACGAAGAUGUUGCUUAGCCAGAGGUUUAUGUCAUCGGGUCCCAUUGUGAGACCGGAGAAUUCGAAAAAACGCAUGGUGAAGUGGGUUGUCGCGACUAGUUUUACGUUAAUCAUUAGUUCGUACUUGAUAAAUCAGCAUUACCAAAGGAUAAAAGUAGCGGAAUCUGGCGAUGUGGUGGAAGGAGAUUCGCAGGAUAAAGUGAAGGGGAAGUAUCGUAUUAAAAUAUUCAAUAAUAACUGGCUGUUUUUCUGUUACAGUACGUUGCCAUUAAACGCCAUUUCGCGUCUUUGGGGCCAAGUCAACUCUUUGAACCUACCGACAUGGGUUAGACCUUGGAGUUAUAAGCUUUACGCGACUUUGUUCCAUGCAAACUUGGAUGAGAUGGACGAUCCGGAUCUAAGCCAUUACGAAAAUUUAUCACAGUUCUUUUACCGUACCAUUAGACCUGAGACAAGACCUAUUGAUUUUGACGAGAACGUUGUUGUUUGUCCAAGCGAUGGGACAGUUUUACAAUUCGGUAUUAUUGAUCCGCAUCUAGGCCACAUUGAACAGGUCAAGGGAAUGACUUACUCGGUCAAAGAAUUUUUGGGUACGCAUGGUCAUCCUCUGUUACAGAGAACACCAUCUGAAGAGAAACUGGGGCAGGAUACUAAGACUGAUAAUGAUCACAGAGAAUUUGCAAGAAUCAAUGAUAUCCCAUACAGUUUGAACGAUAUCAUUGGUCAUACCCCAGGUUCUCAAAGUGAAGACCAUUUACAACCUUUCGAUUAUAAAAUGGAAAAGAACCAAGCCAUCUCAGAUCAAGAUUCUUCCAAGACUUUUACCCUAUUGGGUGAGCUAUCCCCCAACUAUGUCAAACAAAAAUUAUCUUCUACCGAUACCCAGCUAUAUUUUGCGGUCAUUUAUUUGGCUCCUGGUGAUUAUCAUCACUACCAUUCUCCAGUAAAUUGGGUUUGCAAACUUCGUCGUCAUUUCCCAGGUGAGCUCUUCUCGGUGGCACCUUAUUUCCAGAGAAAUUUCCCAAACUUGUUUGUUCUCAAUGAACGUGUUGCAUUGUUAGGUCACUGGAAGCAUGGAUUCUUUAGUAUGACCCCAGUCGGAGCUACAAAUGUCGGAUCGAUCAAAUUGAACUUUGAUAAAGAACUAAUUACAAAUGAAAAAACUCAGAGACAUUGUAAACCGCAUACUUGUUAUGAAGCAACAUAUGAAAAUGCUAGCAAAGUAUUAGGUGGCGUGCCUUUGAUAAAGGGUGAAGAAAUGGGUGGUUUCAUGUUAGGAUCAACAGUGGUUUUAUGCUUUGAAGCACCAAGAGAGUUUAACUUCAAAAUCAACGUUGGCGACAAAGUCAAAAUGGGGCAACCUUUGGGUAAGGUUGAGCAAUAG